UUAAUGUAAAUAUGUGUUCUGUUUCAGGUACACACAUUGAGAUGAGCUUGUCCAAGGAUCAAAGUCUAACUAUAAUGGUGACUGGAAAGACAGAUGCUGUGAUGCAGGCAAGGAGAGAACUUCUUUCCAAACUGCAAACACAAGCUAACGUGACUCUGAGCAUCCCAAAGGAACAUCAUCGUUUUAUUCUCGGCAAACAUGGUGCAAAACUGAAAGAUCUUGAGCUAAAUACUGCUACUAAGAUUUCUAUACCUCGCACUGAAGACAAUUCUGAUGUACUGAGAAUCACUGGUACUAGGGAUGGUAUUGACAAAGCUAAACACGAAAUACAACUCAUUUCUGAGGAACAGUCAAAGCUAGCAUUUGAACGUCUUCGCAUUGAGAAACCAUACCAUCCAUUUAUAACCGGCCCAAACAAUAAAAACGUCCAAGAACUAAGUGAAUUAACUGGAGCCAGGAUUAAUGUUCCUCCUCCCAGUGUUAUGAAAGAUGAAAUUGUGGUGUCUGGUGAAAAGGAAGGUGUCAUGGCAGCGAUACACACCAUUAUGACUAUAUACGAGGAAAAGAAACGCAAGACAACCACAGUAUCAUUAGAAGUUCGCAAGUCACAACACAAAUAUGUUAUUGGUCCCCGUGGAAACAACAUCCAGGAAAUCCUAGCAAAAACUGGUGUUUCUGUUGAGCUGCCACCUACAGAUAGUCCAUCAGAGACAAUAACCCUGCGUGGAGAACAAGACAAGUUGGGACCUGCUAUUACCCAAGUGUAUGCCAAGGCCAACAGUAUAGUUAUUGUUGAAGUCAGGGCACCAGCUUGGCUGCAUAAAUUCAUCAUUGGACGAAAAGGACAGAACAUCAGAAGCAUCACACAAAAUCUACCAAAGGUUCAUGUUGAAUUUGAAGAGGGAAAAGAUACCAUUUCAGUUGAGGGACCACCAGAAGAGGUAGAACAAGCAAGAAAGGCUUUGGAUGACAUAACACAAGAUCUACAAAGCAGAUUUGUCUUCGCUGAGAUUGAAGUAGACCCAAAAUAUCAUCGGCACAUCAUUGGCAAAAGCGGUGCUAACGUUUCUCGUAUCAAAGAAGAGACGGGCGUGUCCAUCCACAUACCAGGUGAGGAAAAACAGAGUAGAUGUAUCCGCAUCGAAGGCAGUCCUGAGGGGGUUACUAAGGCAAAGAAUGAACUACUAGAAAUGGUACGCAAAAUGGAAAAUGAAAAGACCAAAGAUAUAGUGAUUGAACAGCGUUUUCACAGAACAAUGAUUGGAACUCAAGGGAACAAUAUCCGUGACAUCAGAGACAAAUUCAAUCAAGUUAGCAUCACUUUUCCUGACCCUGGUAGGAAGUCGGAUGUUGUGACAUUACGUGGACCCAGACAAGACGUUGAUAAGUGUUACAGGUUUCUACACCAGCUGAACACUGAGAUGGUCGCCAAUAAUUAUAAAGUGGAGAUACCUAUUUUCAAGAAAUUCCAUAAAAAUAUUAUUGGUAAAGGUGGAGCUACUAUUAGCAAGAUCAAAGACGAAACUGACACACGAAUUGAAAUACCAAGCGAGGAUAGUGAUAGUGAUGUGAUUAUCAUUAUCGGAAAGAAACCACAAGUAGAAUUGGCAAGAGACAAAAUACAAGCAAUUCAGAAAGAACUUGCCAAUGUUACCCAGCUUGAGAUCAGUAUAGCAUCUAAAUAUCACCAGUCCCUGAUUGGUGCCAAAGGUCGCUUGGUACGCUCCAUCAUGGAAGACUGUGGUGGUGUGAUGAUUCACUUCCCUAAUGAAGGAUCAGGGAGUGACAAGGUCACAUUGAGAGGACCCAAGGAUGAUGUGGAUAAAGCAAAGAAACAGUUAAUGGAAUUGGCAAAUGAAAGGGUAAGAUUACAUAAACAUAAUCCAAAUUUAAGUUGCCAUUAUUGUGUGGAAUCUGGUACAAUGGGCAUAGUUGCAUACAUACGUGCAUCAACCCCAUAUGUCUUGGUUGACAUCACACUUCAUGAAUCCCAAGUGACUGUUGAAUGUAUAAUUGACCAGAAAAACCAUCGCACUGUUAUGGGGGCCAAAGGAUCCAAAGUACAGGCCAUAACAUCAGAGUAUGAAGUAGGAAUCAAAUUCCCUGAUCGUAAUAUGAACAUGAAUGCAGAAAGUAAUGGAAAUAAUGGCAAUGGUGAACCCAUUGAACCUGUUGUGAAUGGCGAUGGCGGAAGUGAGAACAGUGAAGAUGAUAAACCCAAGAAAUGUGAUACUAUAAUUAUCACCGGCAAGCAGGAUAAUUGUGACCGUGCUAAAGCUGCUCUACUGGCCUUGGUUCCUGUAACAGAAGAAGUAACUGUACCAUUUGAAUUUCAUCGUUUCAUCAUCGGAGUUAAGGGUGCUGGUGUGAGGAGAAUGAUGGAUGAUCAUGAUGUGAGUAUAAUGAAGACUUGCUCCUCUUU